AACCGUCGUCAAACAUGGCGGUCGCUCGGGCAGCGCGCCUCGCGUCUCAUUAACAGGAAUCCAUUCCAUUUACGUUAAAUACAAUAAUGUUGCAGUGCUAGUGUGCUGUGUGUUUUCUCGUGUAAAGUGAAGUGCAAUUGUGUUGCAUGAGUGGCCCGAAUGGAAUACUGGCGCGGGACGAUGGACGCCAAACGCCGGCCAGCACUGAACAGCUAACAAAAUGCUCGAAGGAGCCGGACUGCGUGGCGAUCGGCAGCCGGCUCCGCGGCCCCAUGGGCACGCGGCCGCCCGCCGCCUUCUGGCCGCAGCUGUGGGCCACGGUGCACCGCAACCUGCUCCUCAAGAAGCGGGACACCCGGAAGACCCUUGCCGAAGUAUUAGUUCCUCUGUACUCCCUUGGGGUGCUGAUAUUCCUGAAGAUGCUGGUACCGAAUCCCAACUUCCCGGAGGUGAAGACGCCUGGCCGCCUGCUGCGGAUCCAUCAUGACGCCAUCUCGGAGAACCACUCGGUUGCGGUGGUUGCCGACUGGGGGAACGCUAAUGGGACUCCGGGUUUCCUAGAAGACAUCAACGUGAUGCUGCUGGAGUCGAACCAGCAUCCCAUCCAGUGGAUCCGCUUCAACAACACCACGGAGCUGAACGACGCCUACCACAACGACGCCAAGCACUUCCCCCUCGCUGUCAUAUUCCACACCGACCCCGCCUCUUAUGGAGAACCACUUAGGUACACAAUCCGCACGAACCCCUCCCGAGACGGAGGCACCCCCUCCACCCGCGCACUCCACACCUCCCCCGCCAAAUGCCGAGAGAGAGACACCUCCAAGGACUGGUCCACCGACUGGUCGAGAGGGGGCCAGCUGAUACCCCUCUCGGAGAUGCACAGGGAGGACGUGUGCCCGGUCCUCCAGUACUACUACACCGGCUUCCUGGCUCUGCAGACGCUGAUUGAUUAUGUGAAGAUAAAGAUGGACACCGGUACAGGCUUCACGCCACCCCGCGUCGACCUCCGUCAGUUCCCGAAGCCACAACACACCGGGGACUGGCUGGUGAUCUUCCGGGUGAUCAUGCCCAUGUAUAUGGUGAUGACCCUUUCCCAGUUCAUCACCUAUCUGCUGAUGUUCGUGGUGGGGGAGAAAGAGAAGAAGAUCCGGGAGGGCAUGAGGAUUAUGGGAUUGAAAGAUUCUGUGUACUGGGGAUCGUGGUUUUUGAUAUACGCCGUAUUUGUUACAAUAUUAUCUAUUGUGAGCACUGUACUGCUGUUUACGUUAAAGGUUUUUCAGCAUUCUUCCUACAUUCUCAUAUUCCUGUUAAUGUUGCUGUUUGGUUUCACAAUCAUAACCUUCGCGUUUAUGCUUACGCCGUUCUUUGAUAAAGCCAGAACCGCUGGAAUCCUGGGCAGCUUCGCGGUGAACCUGAUGAGCGGGCUGUACUUCAUCCAGGUGUUCGUCUCCAAUGCCGACUCCCUUGCCUUCUGGUUCGUGUCCCUCAUCAGCUCCAGCUGCUACGCACUUGCUAUGGACAAGGCCCUUGUUCUGGACAUGGCGGGACAAGGCGUGACGUGGGAGAACCUGUGGAGCGGGCCGGGGGUACCUUUUGGCGGUAGCCUCAUCAUGAUGGCAGUUGACACCGUCCUGUACGGUCUGGCGGCGUACUGGCUUGACGCUGUUGUACCAAGUGAAUAUGGCAUAAAACAGAAGCCCUGGUUCUGUCUGCUUCCGUCGUUCUGGAUGGGGCGGCGGGGGGUCACAGCCGCGCGCCUGCCUCCCGCCUCGCCCGUACACAACAAGGACAUUGAACCUGUGCCCAAGGAACUUCUAGACAAGGAAGCGAUAAGGAUCGUUGGUCUUCAGAAGAGUUUCCGUCACUGUCGGCGGCCCGAGGUCAAAGCUAUCGACGGCAUAGACCUCAGCAUAUACGAGGGUCAAAUCACAGCAGUUCUGGGUCACAACGGAGCUGGGAAGUCCACGCUGUUCAAUAUUCUGACUGGUUUGACAGCGCCCACAGCUGGGACGGCGUAUGUGUAUGGGCUUGACGUCAGGGAUCCCAACGAUAUGCAUGAAAUUCGUCAGAUGAUUGGGGUUUGCCCACAGCAAGAUGUUUUGUUUGACCUUCUAUCAGUCAAGGAACAUUUACAAUUUUUCGCAGCUGUUAAGGGUAUUCCAAGUAAAAGAAUUCCCGAUGAGGUACACAAAGCACUAUCCGAAGUGGGACUUCUAGAACAGUCAGGACAAUAUUCAAAACAUCUAUCCGGGGGACAGAAGAGAAGAUUGAGUAUAGCCAUCGCUUUCAUCGGUGAUCCCAAGAUCAUAAUACUGGACGAGCCAACAGCUGGUGUAGACCCGGUGUCCCGACGUGCAACAUGGCGCGUGCUGCAGAGAGCCCGGCGCGGCAGGGUGCUGCUGCUGACUACGCAUUUCAUGGACGAGGCGGACAUACUGGGGGAUAGGAAGGCUGUGAUUAGCAAGGGCAGGGUUCGGUGUGCGGGAACGUCCCUGUUUCUCAAAAACAAAUUUGGAAUCGGAUACCAUUUAACAUUAGUGUUAGACGGCGUGUGCCGCGAGCACCAGAUCACGCGUCUGGUGCGUGGCCACGUGGCGCGCGCGGAGAAGGCGCGACGGCACGGACGGGAACUCUCCUAUAUCCUGCCGCAUUACGCCGUGCACCUGUUCCCGCCGCUCUUCCACGCCAUCGAGAAUGAGAUACAGCACCGGACUAAUCGGCUAGGUAUAACAAGCUAUGGAGUAUCAAUGACCACACUAGAAGAAGUGUUCCUGAGUCUAGAAGGAGAGAAUGCUGAAGAAACAGAAGCAGUAGAAGGAGUAUCUUCGGUAAAACUAGUGAGAGCGAGAGCGCUGUCCAGGAGUUUGUCAUUACAAAGCAAGACGUUAAGCUAUCAGGAACUUAACGAUAAGGAACAGCAAAAGACCACAUCCCUUCCAACCCCCCCAGCGUCACAUGCGUUACAUUCCACUACACACGGCGUUGAACAUGUAAAGGUAACCCCCGAGCCAGCUGUGUCUGACGUCCUGGGAGAGAUAGUAAAGACGAAACAGUCGUGUUGGAGGACAUUCUGUGCGCUGGUGUACAUCAGAACUGUGCGCAUGAUCAGAGAUCCUUACAAGUUAUACGUUAUGAUCUUCAUGCCUAUAAUAUCCUGUGCCAUCGGCUUGUAUGUGAAGUCGCGGCAAAUUGUAUUUUUCCGUAUGCAGCCAUUGAAUUUAAGUCCUACUGCGUAUGCCAAUAUGACUCCGAUUGCCUUGUUCAGCGAAGAGAGCAGUAUGAAAGACGUCCCAGACUUUAAAGACUCAUUAGAAUCGUUAGGAGUAUCGUCGAUACACUUUUUUGAUGGAAAUUUUUCUAGUCUCCUAGACAUCGACAACUUUGGAGCGUUCAGUUUAAGAGAUAGUGAAAUAUCCUAUGGAAACAUUAUGGCCUAUUAUAAUAGUACAUAUACACACAGCCUUCCUAUAAUUGUUAAUUUACUGGACAAUAGUAUUUACAGGGUUCUAAUGAUGGCCUCAAAUCAGCUGGAAAACUUUAGACCUAUAGAAGUGCUAACCCACCCAUUUCAACAGACAGAGCAGCAGGAGGAAUUUAACUUGGGUAACGUGGUCUGUGCGAUCUUCAUGGGAAUGAUCUUCGCUCUGGUACCCGUUACGUUAGCUGUCGAUAUUGUUUAUGACCGUGAGAUCAAAGCUAAAAAUCAGCUGCGUGUAAACGGCCUAUCUAUGAGUAUGUAUUUCCUUACAUACUUUACUAUACUCAUCUUUAUUAUGAUCGUUACGAGCGCUGGAGUUCUUGUACUUGUCAUCCUCAACGAUAUCCCCAGCUUGACCAACGGGUCAGCGAUCACAAUGCUCUCUGGUCUCUUGAUCUUGUAUAGUCCAUCCGCCAUUUUGUUCAACACCUGCCUCUCGUAUAUCUUCGACAAGAUGGACUCUGCGCAAAGUAUAAUGCCUAAUAUUACAACAUGGGUUGGCGUGAUUCCAUUCAUUUUAGUUGCUGUUUUGGAUACUUUUAAAUGGGGAAGCAACAUAGCCUUCUACCUCCACUUAGUGUUCAGUUUCCUAGAUGUUAUGUAUAUACCUUAUGCUAUUAUUUACUAUGUUGAUAGAGUAUACGUAACCUGCAACCUGCGCGGGUUAUGCACGGUGCCGUCUUUAAGCACCUACUUCACGGCGGAGGUGUGGGUGCUGAUCGUCGCUAUGGUGGUCCACGUGCCCGUCUGCGGCGCAGCCCUCCUCGCUGCCGACCGCCUCAAGUCUGGGGGACGGCUGUUUCCGCGGAAGCGGAACGAAGUAGAGAAGGUGGAUAUGGAGGCAGAUAUAGGUGGGGACUUGGGAGAAGAUGAGGAUGUGAGAAGAGAGAGGAGGCGCGUCGCCUCCUUGCUGGCCGCGCCACCCACGGGGCAGCAGGCACCGGCGCUGCUUGUGCAUAAUCUCCGCAAAGAGUACAAGAUGCGGGGCGACGACGGCGGCAGCGGGUGCUGCGGCGGCGUCAUACGGCAGCGUCGCGCGGCACUCGCGCGGCUGUCGCUUGCCGUCCAUGGAGGAGAGGUAUUCGGGCUGCUCGGCCAUAACGGUGCCGGGAAAACCACCACCAUGAAGAUCAUCACUGCCGAGGAGCGCCUCACGUGCGGGACUGUGAUGCUCGGUGGUCAGAACAUCGACGAGGCGCAGUCCAGCGCGUUCCAGAUGCUGGGCUACUGCCCGCAGCACGACGCGCUGUGGAAGAACGUCACCAUCCGCGAGCACAUCGAGUGCUACGCCGCCAUACGCGGGAUCAGCAAGGCGGACACGCCCAGGAUAGUGGACGCGUACCUCAACGGCCUCCAGAUAAUGGAGCACGCGGGCAAGAACGCGGACUCGUGCUCGGGCGGCACGCGGCGCAAGCUGUCGUUCGCGCUGGCGAUGGUGGGCAGCCCGCGCGUCGUGCUGCUGGACGAGCCCUCCACCGGCAUGGACCCGCGAAGCAAGCGCUUCCUCUGGGACACCAUCUUGGCGAGCUUCCAGGGGCGAAAAGGUGCGAUCCUCACAACACAUUCCAUGGAAGAGGCUGAUGCUUUAUGUUCUAGGGUCGGUAUAAUGGUCAAGGGAAGUUUAAGAUGUAUUGGUUCGACGCAACAUUUGAAAAAUCUGUACGGUGCUGGUUAUACGUUAGAAAUGAAAAUUGGGCAGAGCAAUCAAAAGGCGACGAUGAUAGAGUCAGACCUAUCAAUGACGUCUUCACCCUUGAGAUCCCCUGACAACUCUCCCUCACUUGGAGAAGCCGAUGAAGCGGGUUCGGGUACGGGCUCAAUAGAAGCGGAGGCAGAGGCGGAAGCGGAAGCGGAGGCUGUGGACGUAAGCAUACAUACGCCCCUAGUAUCUACGCAGACGCUACCCAGGCAGCCGACGCAUACACGGACCGAGUCGAGCGGCGGCGCCGGAGCGGAGGCGGCGAUAGCUCUGGUGGGCAAGCUGUUCCCGGCGGCCGUGCUGGAGGAGAGCUUCGCGGAGCGGCUCGUGUUCAGCGUGCCCCAGGCUGCCGUCUCCAGCUUAGCGAGGUGCUUCGAGGAGAUAGAGAGAGCUAAGGAAACUCUAAACAUCGUGGAGUACAGCUUCAGCCAGACUACACUGGAGCAAGUGUUCCUCAAGUUCGCUCAGAGCGAAACCAUCGACGCCGCGGACCAAGAACACUAGCACUCGGACGUUGGACAGUAAACUCCGCGCCAGCUCCGAGGAAUCCAAGGCUCCAUUGACUAACGCGAAAUAUCCCUCGCGACAUUCCUUACAAUAAGGGUUCCCGAUAUUUCAAUUGCCACCAGGUGGAGAUAUAGUAGCCGUAGGGUCAUUCGUGUUAAACGGCUGCCAUAGAUCUGUAUUUGAUACGACGAUUGACACGAAAGACCCUACUGCUGCAUUACUCCACUUGGUGGCAAAUAAAAUAUCGAAUAUCCUCAUUCCCCGGAGCUCGAUUCGGGAGUAUAAUUUCUACACUGACGAUAAGGUUCUCAAUUAAAUGAUGGAAACAUAUUUAAACGCCUUUUAGAUGCAAUUUAAUGUAAGCGUAAACAUGUAUGAUGUAAAGAUGGUAUCGUUUAAACUAGUUAUUAAUUUAUGACAGGGGCCUAUAAUGCUACCAAAUUGUUAGACAAUACAAUAAAGAAAGAUUCAGACUAAUUAUUUCGUAAAAUACAUUUUAUUUACGUUUACAUUAAAUUGGAUUUGAGGGUUCUGCGCAGUUGCAUUAAUCUAUGUAAUAGAGUUAAAUAGAGAGUCCAGUUACGUUAGAACAUCAUGCAUUCUCAUUUACAUAAAAAACGAGAAAGAUAACGUCAUGAUAUUUUACCAAUAGUAAACUUUUAACCUAGACUAGUGCAAGUGGGCAAAAACAUAUUAUAUGUCAGUGUACGGAUACCCAAGUCUUUGGCCACUGGGCUUAAGACGGUUAGGUUAGGUAAGGCGUCUGACUUCAUUUGGCGACUGGCUAGAUCCGGAGUGAUUCCGAAUUAGGAUAGGAAAUGCAACUUAUCAUUGUUUUAUAUUGUUAGUCAAUUAAAUAUUUUAGUAAAAAUAUCGUUUAUCGCGCCGCGAAACCGAAAUUCCCGGGAGUACCGCAGGGAUCGAUUCUAGCGCCUGUUACUUUUAUUUAUUACAAUUGUACUAUUAUUUAUUACAAAUAUUUAUUAAAAAACGAACUUCAUACGUAUCUCGUGACAACAUAAUCAUGGCUCAUAAUAUGUAAUAAAAUAUUUAGUAUUUAUGUAAAAUAUUUAAGUAGGAUGUAAAUGGUAGUAGGAGAAUGUGUGAAUGUGGUCGCGGACAUCGCCAGAUGAGCUCAGAUGCCAAUUAUGUGCUUUUGAAGUAAAUUUGUAAAAUAAUGAAUACGCUUGACAAAUAUAACAGUAGAUCAUUCGGUUGAGUUUACGGAGCUUUUUUAUGACAUUUCCUGUUGACUAUAGAUUUAGCUAUGUGUUGUUGAAAUAAGUCGCCGAAAUUGGAUCUUAUUUUACGUACAGGGUUGUAUCUUGAUUUGCAAAGACAUUAGACACUAGACAGGCCUAAUUGUUCAAUUCUCUUCUUAAAUGAAAGACUGAUUCUCAUCGCCCCCCGCAGUGGAACCACGUAAUUUGUAUCGAAAAAUUGACC